UCAUAUCUGACACAAUCAACAAUCUGCCUUCUCCACCUCUUCUUCUCCUACUUCCCUUUAUUUGCUACUAUUCAGAUGCUGCAUCUCUGUUAUCUCACGUUCUCCUUGCUGUGGAAUCUGCCUUUCUUCUCCUCUGGGCUCAAAAUCCAGUGCAAAGACGGGGAAUAUAAAUGGCCGAUACGCAACCCCACGACAUGUUGUACAAUGUGUCCGCCAGGUCAUCGUUACAUUAGACGCACAGAAAUUGCUUGUGAAAUUAAAUGUGAGCCCUGCGAUGAAAAUCGAUACGCCGAUAACUUCAACCUGGACGCGAACUGCAAUGUCUGCGAUGUUUGCAAAAAAGCUAACUUUGAGGUGGCGUCCAACUGCACACCAACCCAAAACACUGUUUGCAAGUGCAGAGCCGGCUACAGAUGCACAGACGGGUCCUGCACGUUUUGUGAGCCUGUCCCAACGACCACCCAGCCCACGACGCCGCCGUCCACUACAGUAGCUGGAUCCACCUCCACAACCAAGACAACUGUGCCACCAAAUAACAAAAUCAGAGAUACUCAGUGGUUCCUGGUGAUAAUCGCUCUUCUGUGUGCUGGAAUUGCUCUGGUUGUUAUGACAAAAAUCAAACCAAUUCUGCACUGGAUCAGAUCCAAUCAUGGUUAUUUUUUGCCUGAAAAGACUGUGACAGCCACUCUACGCGCAGUGGAAGACGAUGUGUCCAAGCCGGUCCAGGAGGUGUGUGGAAAAUGUGACCAUUGCAUCGAUUUAUGUAUAAAGGAUUAAAUCCCGCACU